GGUCGUCUAGCUAGAAUAAUCCGGGCAAUUCAUCAAUGCGCCAUAUCCCGGAUAGAUAAUGAUUCGUUCUUUCCUACAGGCAAUACAAAAAGGCGAUUUAUAUGAAAUUCGUAGUCGAGUGCUUGCAAAUUCCGAAUUAUUGUAUUGCACUAAUCGUCACGGCGAUACGCCGUUGCUUGUGGCCGCAAGACAUGGUCACGUGACCAUCCUCAAAUUAUUGGCUGAUGAAUGUGAAGUCAGCUUAUCUCAAAGCAACGUAGAUGGCAAGACAGCUUUACAUGAAGCAGCAUGCAGUGAACAGAUGAAAGCAGUAGAGUUUCUGUGCAGACGAAAUGUGAAAGUCGAUUGUCUCAAAAGAGCUGAUUGGACACCUCUAAUGAUGGCUUGCACUAAGAGCAGACAGGACGUUGUAGCUGCUCUCGUUGCUGCAGGUGCAAGCACUUCUCUUCAAAAUAAGGAUGGUUGGAAUUCAUUUCACAUUGCUUGCAGAGAGGGGCAUGCUGAUAUACUCAACUAUUUGCUUGAUAUUGAGCCAAGCUGUUGGAAAACUGUUAGUCACAAUGGACGAACACCAUUACAUACAGUUGCUCUUCUUGGACGGCUGAUAGCUGCCAAGAUUUUGCAUUUAAGGUGUGGCUACAAGGGUGAUGAAUGUGACAGCUGUGGUGCCACGCCCUUUAUGGAUGCAUGCAGGGCUAAUGCUGUGGAAAUGGCAGAAUUCCUCAGUAUGACAUACAAAUGUGAUGUGAGUGCAUCUGAUUGUCUGGGACGAAUGCCUGUACACCAUGCAGCGCAGGCGGGUUCAAAGGAAGCUCUGGAUAUGCUAAUAAGACACAGAGUGGACAUCAAUUGUCAGGCUCAAUCAAAUGGAAUGACAUCAUUGCAUUAUGCUGCAAAGGAGGGUCACUGCAAAAUCAUUCAUCAGCUGCUGAAUGGUGGUGCUGAGGUCAAUACUAAGGACAAGAAAGGCAGAACAGCUCUGCAUAUGGCAUCAGGAGGUGGGUAUACUGACUGUGUGCAGGCUCUUCUCUAUGACUACAAUGCUAUAGAUUCCAAAGAUGACAGUGGACAAACAGCUUUGGAUCUUGCCCGAAAUGAAGCGAUUGCAGAGCUCAUUCGGACAUGUACUAAUAAUAGCCGUCAUGAUUAAUUAGCAAAUGCAGUUGAGUCACGUUUGUAAUAAUCACGUGAGUAAUUUUUCACCAACCAAUCAGCGAUG